CCUGAGAACCCUGCGCUCCUCUCACCAGCUCCACCCGCCUCAGCCCCAGGCACCACCAUGACCGGCUCCUGCUGCGCCCAGCCCUGCUGCCAGCGCGACCCCUGCUGCUGCCGCCCCGUGUCCUGCCAGACCACCGUGUGCCGCCCCGUGACCUGCGCGCCCCGCUACACGCGCUCCAUCUGCGAGCCCUGCCGCCGCCCUGUCUGCUGCGACCCGUGCAGCCUGCAGGAGGGCUGCUGCCGCCCCAUCACCUGCUGCCCCUCGUCCUGCCAGGCCGUGGUCUGCCGCCCGUGCUGCUGGGCCACCCCGUGCUGCCGGCCGGUGUCGGUGCGGUCCCCAUGCUGCCGCCCGUCCUGCUGCCAGCCCGCCCCCUGCCGCACCGUCUGCAGGACCUUCCCCUCUUGCUGCUGAGCGGCCCUGCAAGAAAGCUUCCCAGGUAUUAAGACACACGAGCAAAUUCUUCCCCCCCCCCCCCAUGCAUCGGCUAAGUGACACCGCUUUUGCAACCUACCUGCCUUCAAACAACCAACAGCAACUAUCCAUUUUCCCACAUAAUUAUGCAGCGAAUCCUGGCCCUCUUUGACCAUCUUUAGACAAAUUCCAGUUUUCAUCACUUGAAUUCCUGGCUUGAAAAAAAAAAGAGUAAACAAAAAUCAAAGUCGCUCUUGAGUUGGAGCUCUAUCCCACUGACUCAUCAUCACUUUGCUACUCUUUCAAGAGGGGAUAUUUUUUCCAGGAUAAUGUUAUAUUUUUAGGGCUUUGCACAGUGAAUAAUAAACUUUUAUUUCUGGGAAGCAAAUGUGUUUCUCUUUAUUGUUUAUGGAUCUUAAAAAGCUUAUUUUUACCUUAAGUGAUGAUAUGCAAAAUCAGAAAAACCAAAAGAAGAAGGAUUUUCCAAGGACUUUUUUUUUUUUUUUUUAGUUUUAAGAAAAAUUCAGGCAAAAAGUCUAUAAUUUUAAUAGCAAUUCAGAACCUCUCAUGUGAAGCACCUUCCUAUUUCAAGCCAUAGUUUUCCUGGGGAGGCUGAGGAAAUGCACGUCUCUCUGAUCCUGAACUUGACUAAUGCCUCAUCCUCACACGAGGGUGAUGGGUUGGGGGUGGGAAGCCUAAGUCAUGAUCCCAUUUGUUCCCCGAUUUAGAAAACUGUGCAAGGGUUCAUAUCCAUGGAUACCUGGAAUUCCUAACCGCUGAAAUGCCUGACCUGGAACAACCACUCACUAUCCCAUCUUUUCCUGGCUCCCUCCAGCCAAGCAGGGAGACAAGUAGUUUCGUUGGAACCCUUCUAACUUAGAACUCCAAACAAUUUGACCAGUAAAGCCAUGCCAAAGUG